UUAUUAAAAAAAAGUAAUGACUUUUCACUGACUACCGCCAUGAGCAUUAUGAGGUUUCAUAGCUUCAUGCUCCUUCUCAUCAUUUUCUUCUUCUUCUUCUUCAAACUAACAACUUCACAAUCUCCAAUUUCAUUGAUCAGUUUUUGCCAAAACUCAUCUGUAUCAAAACCUCUCACCAAUUCAUACAAAACCAACGUUAAAAACCUCCUCUCAUGGAUGAACACUAUUUCUUCCACAGGCCAAGAAUCCAACCACACCUCCUUCGGAGACAAAAAAACUCAUGAUGUUGUUUAUGGUAAAUACGACUGUCGCGGCGACAUCCCUGAAUAUUUUUGCCAAUUCUGUGUAAACAAUGCUGCUAGAGAAAUUUCUCAACGUUGUCCAAACAGUGUAUCAGCUGUUAUAUUUUAUGACAUGUGUAUAAUUCGUUACACUGACAAUAAUUUCUUUGGAAAAAUUGUUUUAACUCCAUCAUUUAAUAUUACUGGAACAAAGUUCAUAAAGGAUUCAAAAGAAUUUGAGAGAGCAGAGUAUUUUAUGAGGAGAUUGAUAAGAAAUGCGACAGAGGCGAACCGGUCGUGGGGGACGGGUGAGUUUGAUUGGAAUGAUAGUGAGAAAAGGUAUGGUUUGGUUCAGUGUGCUGGAGAUCUUGAUAUUGAUGUGUGUGGAGAGUGUUUGGAGGAUUUGAUAGAUAUGGUUAGUAAGUGUUGUAGGAGUAAGGAAACAUGGGCUAUUGUUGCUCCAAGUUGUGGGAUUAAGUUUGAUGAUAAAAUGUUUUAUCAGUUAUCUCAGCAGACAGGGUCGUCUUCUAUGCCGAAUCCGGCCAAGCAGGAAGGUUCAAGUGACAAAAAAACCUUGAUCAUCAGCUUAAUAAGUGUACUGGUGACAGUAGCUUUACUAAGUUGUUGUGUCUACUACUCCUGGAGAAGGAAUUGGUUAUGUAGAGGUGAAUUGCUGUUGAGGACCAUUCCUAGAGCUUUUCAUGAUCAUGUUCAAAGAGAGGAUUCAUUGAAUGGAGUCCUUCAAACAAUCCCUUUAAUUGUAAUCCAACAAAGUACUAAUUGGUUUUCAGAGUCAACUAAAUUAGGCGAAGGCGGAUUUGGCUCGGUUUACAAGGGUACUUUACCAGAUGGGACGGAAAUUGCGGCCAAAAGGCUUGCAGAAACGUCUGGUCAAGGUUUAGAGGAGUUCAAGAAUGAAGUGAUUUUCAUAGCUAAACUACAACAUAGAAACCUUGUGAAACUCUUGGGUUGCUGCUUUGAAGAAAAUGAAAAGAUACUAGUAUAUGAGUACAUGCCAAAUUCAAGCCUUGACUUUCACCUUUUCAAAAAGGAAAAUCAAAAUCAACUAGAUUGGAAAUUACGACUAAGCAUUAUCAAUGGAAUUGCAAGAGGACUAUUAUACCUUCACGAGGAUUCACGACUAAGAGUUAUCCAUAGAGAUUUGAAAGCUAGUAAUGUUCUUCUGGACGAUGAAAUGAAUCCAAAAAUAUCAGAUUUUGGAUUGGCAAGAAAGUUUGAAAAAGGCCAAAGUCAAACAGAAACAAAAAGAGUUAUGGGCACCUACGGAUACAUGGCUCCAGAAUAUGCUAUGGCUGGACUAUUUUCAGUUAAGUCUGAUAUUUUCAGCUUUGGAGUUCUGAUAUUAGAAAUCAUUUAUGGAAAAAGGAAUGGUGAAUUCUUUCUUUCGGAACAUAGGCAAAGUCUUCUCUUACAUACUUGGAAACUCUGGUGUGAAGGAAAAAGUUUGGAGUUAAUCGAUCCGAUCCUCAAAAAAUCAUACAGGGAAAGUGAAGUUAUUAAGUGUAUACAGAUUGGUUUAUUGUGCGUGCAAGAAGAUGCUGCAGAUCGACCAACUGUGUCGACAGUUGUCCUCAUGCUAGGGAGUGACGGGAUAGCCCUUCCGACGCCCAAACGACCGGCGUUUUCAGUCGGAAGAGUUACUAAUGAAGAUUCAACAUCAAAAAGUUAUCAUGACAAUUCUAUUAAUGAACUUACCGUAACUAGAUUGAUACCUAGAUAGCAGAACUUAUGUUGUAGUUUGAAUUAGGUACUAGUUUAUGGGAACUUUCUCAAUUGCAUUGAGUGUUUCCUUGGGUGUAGAAAUAUCCCUUUUCUUUUCUUCUAUGACAUGAACUUGUGCAUUAUCUAAUCAAAUUUUGAGCCAAUUGCAGGAGGUCACAUGACAGGAGUAAGAGUACUCAAGCUUGUAAAAUGCAGAGUGAACAUAAAUAUUAAAUACUAGCUAUGAUCCGCAUACAUAGACAUUAGAUA